UGUUGUUGAUUACGUGUCGACAACGUUCGACCUCCGACAGCCGGCUGCCGCUCCCAGGCCGAGAACAGCGGCUAAGCGUCGGUAUCUUUUACGACGCCGUUUAUCGAAUCUCUUAUAAAAUCCCUAUCCGGCCACCUCACGUCAUUUCACAUUCCCUCGUUCACUUCGCCUGUCUCCUCAAUCAAACUGAAAACACAAAACGCCGACUUGCACUGCCCAAGAAGAGAUGCUAUCUUCCAGAAUCCUUAACCCUAGCUGCGAUUUCUUGCCUCUGAAGAGAGUUUCAUCUUCUUCUUCUCCAGCUGCUUCAAUGGCGUUGCUUGCGUCGCCGUCUCUGCGGUUCGAGUCUCUUGCCAGGCCUCCUGCUUGCAGAGUCUCCGUUUCCUCGCAUCGGAGUGUUCUUCUUACUCCGAGAGGACUUGGCGUUGAUUUUCGUUAUCUUGAUAGGCGGAUUUCGUUUAAUCAAUCGAUUGUAGCCUUUGCAGCUUCACAUGAAGAGCCUACGCAUUCAGAAGUUGAGGUGGAGAAGGAAAAAGAAGAUCUCAAGUUCCUAGCUGAAGAAUCUGAAGAAGCAUGGAAACAGACUCUAGCUUCCUUUAAAGAGCAAGCAUUGAAGAUGCAAAGUGUGUCUCAAGAAGCAUAUGAGAUAUACUACAAGAAAGCAACGAUCAUUUUGAAGGAAACUUCGGAACAGCUAAAAAUUCAAGCAGAAAGGGCCAGAAAUGAUUUGAUUGAGGCAUUAAUAGAAAUCAGUGAAGAGGGGAUAGAGUAUAUCUCAACAGCAGCUGAGAACUACCCUGAACCAGUGAAGGAGAUUGUGGAGACAUUUUCUUCCUCAACUGUUGAUUUCUAUAACGUUUCUAAACUUCAUGACUUUCACCUUGGAAUACCGUAUGGUUUGCUUCUUUCUGUUGGUGGCUUCCUUUCCUUCAUGAUAACAGGCAGCCUCUCUGCCAUUAGGUUUGGUGUUAUUCUGGGUGGAGCUUUGUUGGCACUAAGCAUAUCAAGUUUAAGAUUGUAUAGAAGAGGAAAGCGUUCUGCACUGGCCCUAAAAGGACAAGCAGCCAUAGCAGCUAUCAUAUUUUUGAGAGAGUUAUGCUUCCUGUCUCAGGAACUAUCUUUGCCCAUCUUUUUUACAACCUCAGUCAGGUUCAUGAUUUUUCUUACUUUUUAACCAGAUGUUUUAUAAGCAUGGAAUUGAUAGGUUGCGUUAAGACCUAGAGAGUGCUGCUAAGCUCUGUUACUUGAAUUUAAAAAAAAAAAUGUUUUUGCUGUUUGAUUUGUACAAAUUAGGAAUACCCACCAUGCCGAGAUGAAAGAACCUUCUAACUCACAAGAUAGAAUAUAAUUCUUAGGCAAUUAUAGUUUACAAAGGCCUGUUUCUGAUAACAAGGUUCCAUGUGCAGUGGUGCAAUAGUGGCAUUCUAUAUUUUUAGGAUUAUGAUGAAUGGCAAGCACAGAAGAGGAUUAGACUUGGAGCCUGGAGCAGAAAAUUGAUGUGCUGCUGUAAGUUUAGUUUGAUAAUGUGUAAUUUCUGUAACUUUUUUCUCACCAAAGUUUAUUUUAAUGCAUUUUCUGAUCCCCAUGUAUAGUUGCUAUUUAUCUAUUAUGUAGAAAAAUCUGGACUAAUACUUGUGAUGGCCUGUUUAGUAUCACUUCUUACUCAACUUCAUUUCUAGGUUUUAUAAAAACGGAAAGAAAUGAGAAAUUUGUUG